AUGUCAUCUCCCAAUGUAAGAGCCGGUAGCCUCUCAUCCGGAACCUCCGACCUGGAAGAGGCUCCUACCUUCGAGGAUGUUCGCGCGGAGCCUCUCAGUCGGCGUCAGACAAAUAUCGAUCUCGCUCGAGUAGAAAGUCUUCGUCUGACACAAAGAUCAACGGUCGGCUCCUCUGCAGGACCAGCACCUCGAGAAGAAUGGCUUCCAUUUGGCGACGGGAAGGACUAUCCUCCCCUACUACCCGACCCGGAGAAGUACGUUGUUGGAUUUACCGGAGUAGAUGACCCAAUGCACCCGCAUAACUGGUCGAUGUCUAAAAAGGUGCUCCUGUCCGUCAUCCUAGCCUACAUCACCUUCACCGCAUCGUUUGCCAGCGCCAUCUUCUCGUCCGCCAUCGGCGCCAUCGCGGCGAAGUUUAGCAUCAGCACAGAAGUUGCCACGUUAGGGGUCACUCUUUAUGUGCUUGGAUUCGCCGCAGGGCCAACAAUAUGGGCUCCUGCCUCAGAGCUGAUCGGUCGACGGUGGCCGAUCACGAUAGGAAUGCUCGGAUAUAGUAUCUUCACCAUUGGGACUGCAACGGCAAAAGACGCGCAGACCCUUUUCAUCACUCGCUUCUUUGCUGGGCUCUUCUCCGCCAGUCCCUUUGCCAUCGUGCCGGCUGCCUUUGCUGACAUGUACAACAAUAGUCAGAGAGGUAUAGCGAUUGCCAUGUUUGCAAUGGCCGUCUUCGUUGGCCCCUUCGCAUCCCCUUUCACUGGAGGUUUCAUCACAAUGAGUUACCUGGGUUGGCGAUGGACCAUGUACAUUUCCGCCAUCAUGGGGUUCUUCGGAGUCGUCCUCCUGAUCUUCUUCUACAAGGAAACAUAUGCUCCGGUGGUUCUGAUGGAGAAGGCAGCCACUCUGAGACGUCAGACUCACAACUGGGGAAUCCACGCAAAGCAGGACGAGGUCGAGCUUGACCUUAACGACCUGCUCACGAACAACUUCAGCCGGCCGAUUCGCAUGCUUCUGACCGAGCCCAUCGUGUUGCUCAUCACAAUCUACAUGUCUUUCAUAUACGGAAUCCUGUAUGCACUGCUCGGAGCCUAUCCGGUCGUGUUCCAACGCACCCACAGACUGAACCUGGGCGUGGGUGGCCUGCCGUUCAUCGGCCUGAUCGUGGGCGAGUUCGCUGGCGGAAUCUAUUCCUUGAUCGACGCCAAGUAUUAUGUGCGCAAACUGCGCAAUAACAACGACGUUCCAAUUCCAGAGUGGCGACUACCACCGGCCAUCGUCGGCGGUAUCGCCUUCACAAUCGGCUUGUUCUGGUUCGGCUGGACGGGCUGGACACGCUCGAUCCACUGGAUGGCUCCCACGGCUUCCGGGCUAUGCACCGGUUUCGGAAUUUAUGUCAUCUUCCUGCAGUGCUUUAACUAUUUGAUCGACUCGUAUCUUCAAUUUGCGGCAUCGGUCUUCGCUGCCAACACCAUCCUUCGAUCAGCUGUUGGCGCUGGUUUUCCCCUCUUUUCUCGCCAGCUCUUCACGAACCUUGGAGUGCAAUGGGCUGGAACGUUAUUGGGGUGCUUGGCGUUCAUCAUGAUUCCCAUUCCGCUGGCUUUCAUCAAGUUCGGUCCCAGUCUAAGGCGGCGUAGCCGGUUUGCUCCAUCGCCAGCGUACCAGAAGCUGCCGAUUCUGGUAGAUGAGAAGACAUGCAUUGGCAAGACCUAUGUCAUCACCGGCGGCAACUCUGGCCUGGGCCUCGAGACGGCACGGCACCUUGUUGCGGCGUCGGCCGAGUGCGUCGUGCUGGCCGUGCGGAACCUUAAGUCGGGAGAAGUUGCCAAGAAUGAUAUUGAGAAGACGACCGGCCGCAAGGGAGUUGUUCAGGUACGGCAUAUAGACAUGUCGACCUACGCUUCUGUUCAGAGCUUCGUGGAGAUGAUUACGGACGAGCUCGACAGGAUCGACGACUUCGUCUGCAAUGCAGGCAUCAUGAAUCGACGCGUGGUCGCAUACAGCAAGUACGACAUCAAGCCCACUCUCGUCUUCAUUGUCAGUGUCCUUGGGUACACCGCCAAGGGCGAGAUGGACAAGAGCCGCAAUGGCGUCAUCUUUCACGGGCUCAACGACCAGAAGCGGGCGAAUAUGGAGUCGAGAUACGCCCUCACCAAGCUCGUGGAAGAGUGCGCCGUCCGCCAGUUCGCAGCCCUCUGCCCCGUCGAGCGCACAGGCGUCGUCAUCACCAUGGUUGCGCCUGGUCUCUGCACCACCGGCCUCGGCCGCGACGCCCGGACCUUCACCAAGAUCAUGCACGAGGCGCUCCGGGCCAUGAUGGCGCGAACCGCAGAGGAGGGCAGCCGCACCAUCCUACACGGGCUGCUGGUGGGCGAGGAGGGCCACGGCAAGCUGUUGUCCGGCUGCAAGAUCAAGGAGUGCUGGGUGCCCACGUGGCUCACCAACGAGGAGGGCCAGAAGCUGCAGAAGGGCAUCUGGGACGAGCUCGUUUCCAGGCUGGAGACUGUGCAGCCCGGCUGUAUCUCACAGCUCAAGUAG